AUGGAUGGGCAGCACUGGGUUUGCUUUGUGGACAGUGAGCAGAGGAGCAGCGAGGGACUCGCCUUGGCUGCAGCCAGCAAGCUGGAGGUCUCCAUGCCAGCGGUGGUCGAAGUGGAGAGUGGGGGCACGGCCAGGAUCGAAUGCAACUUCUACAUCCCUGGAAAUGGUUCCUACACCUACAUCAACUGGUUCUACGUGAAUUGACCGGAACAACUGGGUGAGGCUGUGCCGCAUCACGGCAGCGAGGUCCUGGAGGAGAACACAGACUACAAGGGACGGAUGUCAGUGGGGGAGGACAAGGCCCUCUCCAUCAGCAGGGUGACGAUGCUGGACGCCAAGACCUUCGUGUGCCAGGUCGGGGCAGGCAGCCACGGCGAAGGCGAGAACCGUACUGAGCUCCACGUCUACAAGGUCCCUGAGGCCCCUGAGAUCACGCCGAAUGCAGGAGGCAUCUCCGUGCAGAGCAGUGACAUCUCACAGAUUGCCCAGUGCGUGAGCAGGAACAGCUUCCCACCCCCCAACAUCACAUGGCACAAGAACGGGGAGAAGCUGCAGCCAGAGGAGAAGAUGGUGAAGAUCCCAACCACGCUGACCCGUGAGUCAAGUGGGCUGUACACAGUGAGCAGCACCCUCUUCGCCCACGUCACCCGGGAGGACCGCAACUCUCUCUACUACUGCACUGUGCACUACUGGCUGCGGGGAGAGAGGCGCACCGUUGAGUCACGGCGAGUCAACGUCACCGUCUUCUACCCCGCAGAGCAUGUGAAGCUGCACGUCAUGCCAUCCUCUACGCUGGUGAAGGAAGGGGACGACAUAAAGCUGGUGUGCGAGGCCGAUGGGAACCCAGCACCUGUCUUCAGCUUCUAUAAGAGAGAGCUGGAGGACAACUGGCAGGACCUGACUUCACUGGCAGACACCAACAGUGGGGUGCUGAACCUGCACGAUGUGAAUAAGAGCAGCAGCGGCCUGUACAGAUGCCAGACCCUGGACUUGGAUGAUAUGAGACAACUGGAGAAGGAUGUGGAGCUUGUUGUGAACUACAUUGAAGGGGUCCAUGUGAAGAUGGAGCCACCCUCACCCCUUCACGAAGGGGACAGUGUGAGGCUGAGCUGUGACGCCCACAGCCCUGUGGCCCUGGACUACCAGUGGAGGGACGAGAAGGGCAGGAAGGUCGCGGAAGGGAACCAGCUCUUCCUGAGCAACCUCACCUUUGAAACCUCCAGCAACUUCAGCUGCAAGGUGAUUGCUCCAAGCGUGCCUGGGCUGGAGCAGAGCAAGCAGGUGGCUGUGGCUGUUCAGGGGAAGCCGAGGAUCGUCGCCAUCAGCUCCCCGCUGUACGUGCGGCAGGACGAGGUGGUGAACCUGACCUGCAAGGCCAUCGCGUUCCCCAGGCCCUCUGUCCACUGGAAUGUCAAUGGGACGGCUCAUGAGUACGUUGAAAAUCAGCACAUUGCCAGCAACCUGACGGUGCGUGUGAACCACGACCUGCUGCGGGCAGGGGCCAUGUGCAGGGUCUCCAAUGCGCUGGGUGUCAGCGAGAAGCACAUCCAGCUGCUGGAUGAAAAGACAUCAGAGAGCAAAGGGGUGAUCAUUGUGGCGAUCAUCGUCUGCAUCCUUGUGGUGGCUGUGCUGGGGUCUGUCAUCUACUUCCUGCACAAGAAAGGCAAGAUCCCAUGUGGCCGCGCUGGGAAACAGGACAUCACAAAGCCAGAGGCACGUAAAGACAAGAUUGUAGUUGAAGUUAAGUCAGAUAAACUUUCCGAAGAGGCGGGGCUCCUGCAGGGUGCCAACGGCGAGAAGAGAUCUGCCGAAAAAAAAUCCGAGAAAUACAUCGAUCUGAGAAACUAG